GAACAACAUGGCGGAAUGUUUGAAUGUCUGAUGUUCCAAAACAACUUGUCUACAUUUCGCUAUUACACGAUGUAGUUAAAGAUAUUCUGGUACCUACAUAUGUUUAUAUAAAGUUUGACUAUAAAUGCCAGUUACUAUCCCUGCGAACAAUAUGACAGAAUGGCGAAAAUAUUGUGAAACGUCCGCGUCGGGAAUGACAGCUGGUUUAGACGAGAGCAAGCAAGGUGGAGGGAAGCCGAAAACAAACAGACUGAGAAGAAGCCUCAGACAAACGCAGGCAACCCCAUCUCUCAUUGAUUCUCCAAAAACCUGUCAAGGUCGGUAGCUUGCAAGCCAUGAUGUGUUGAAUUGACCUGUCACUGAUUCAGCUAACUAGCUAGCUAAAUAGCUCUUCCUGUAGCCAGUAAGCUAUGAAAACAGCUUAUUAGCUCCUAUGUACCGUAGCUAGCUAACUUAUGUGCAGUGUUGGUCUACUAACGUUCCUUGUGCUAACGUUAGUUAGUUAUAUAACGUUAGCUAUUUUCUAGCUAGAUGGUGCCCAACGCAAACUAGUUAGUAGCAGACUGAACUCCACUCCAUGUUGAAGGAAGUUUAGUCCGCAAACUAGCUAGGAGCUAAUGUCAUGUAGCUAGCUACUUUUUUUGUUUAGUUUAGAUAGCUAACUAUUACCACGUGAGCCAAUUACAUAAUCAUUCACAUCUCUAUCAUCAGAUUUCAAGACGCCAACUCGUGUGACAUCGAGAUACAACAAUGUAUUCAACAAAGGAGAGUCGCCAAUGAAUGAAUCAGAACUUCAACAGGAUAUAAUUUGGGAUGCAACUUCCCCUUCACCCCUUAGGACAGGCAAUUAUAUUUACAUGUCAAUAUAACUACACAUGUAGUAGGCUAAGCAGUGAUGAUCAAUUUAAAGUUUACCUUAUCUGUCUUAACUUUUUUCAUGUUCUUUCUUAGGUAGCAAAAGAGGCAAGAAGUACUCAGCAAAUGUUGGAAUUGUGGACAUUUCCGAAAUCGUCAACAGGAUAGCUCCCACGGUUAGUAACACUCUGGCUAACUAGCCACACGUGUGCCAUCAAAUAAAUGUAUAAACAAUUUUCGAACUUAUAACAAUAUUCAUUACUAGACCCAGUGAUGUGACUUUCUCAUACUUCAUCAUCCAACCUUUUUCAUUGGGCUCUUUCUUAGUAUAGUGCUGUUCAAUACUCACAGAUACUAUGUUAUGUUAUUCUGAAAUAUUUACUGUAGUAAUAUUUAGUAUAAUUUAUCUUAUUUAAGCAUGGGAGACCUGUAGUUCCAGAGUCAUCCUUGCUCCAGUGGAUUGGAGACAGUGCUAUUCCCUGCACCCCAGAGAUGCAGCAGCCCAAGGCCAAGAAGAAAUCCCCAAGGCAAUAUAACAUGCUCCUCCUCUCUUCUACAUUGUACAGUUAUUAGAAUAGAGCUUGUCACUUGCAAAUAGCUACAUUUUUUUUCUUCCCUACAGGCCAAAUGGAGUGGACGACCUUUUAAAGUUGGCGAAACUGUUUGAUUUCAACAUGUUUCAGCAAGAUGAAGAACGAGUCAAUAAUAUGCACGAGCAGAGUUUGCAGCUUCUGUCAGACUCGGAGGACAUAUUGGAUUUAGAUGGCAACGAGAACCAGCCUCCGCCCUUACUGAGUAAUGUCACACCUGAAAGCCCACAGUCCGCCCUUAAAACAAACAGCAUGAGAAACUCCAAAGACCAGAUACCUCCUGACCAUGAGAUGGAAGAUGAUUUGGAUUUUUUAUUUGAUGGACCAACUCAACAAAUAAGUGGUAACUUAAGUCAGAAUUCAUUGCCUCAGUCCUUGGAGGUGAAGACUGCUCUCACUGUGUCCUCCAAAGCCAUUCCUGGAAAAUAUCCUGAUUCCAUACAUGGCCACACAUCAACCGUCUCCUCAUCACAUCCUGUCAAAAGAAGCUCCACAAAUAAUAACUUUGACGAUGACUGGGAAAAUGACAAUUUGCUGGAUGACUCGCUGGUUUUUGAGAUGACCCAAAACCCAGACCUCUUUGCCGCUCCUAAUCAUUGUUCGACCCAAAGAGGGUCGAAUGAAACAAAACAUGAAAACAACAACCCCUCAGCCAUUUCCGAAAAUGCUCUUCAAGGAAGUAAAGAGACAAAACCAGCUGUGUCUAAAGGACAGAGUGAAACUGUGAAAAACAGAAAAACUUUCACGCUUGAAGCAAAUCCUAAUGUACAAGCGGAAAGUAUCCUCUCAGAGGCAUUACCAAAAGCAGGGCAUGUCUCCGACACUGUCAAACCAGCACCACAUAGGAACGUACAGCAAAACCAACCAAGCAACAAAGCUCAGUCUAUGGAGUCCAGUUACCAACGUAGCCAGCAAACGCAGCACCAGUCUAAUGGAAUAAAGACUUGGCCGCAGGUGCCUCUUUUUCAAAGUACAUCGAUCUCAACCAGCUCAAGCACAUCAACCUCCACCAACCCUUAUUCAACGUGGCCCCUUCAGGCUGAGAAUAGCUCUUACCAAAAGCCCACAGAGAACAAUAUGAAGGGAACCGGUAUCAAGGCCCCAGCUAGCCACAACGUCGUCCCAGAGGACGACUUGGACUCUCUCUUCGCUUCUGACUCCAUCUGGGAUGACAAAGACGAUGACCUAUUGUGCCAAGCAUGUGAUAACCUGGAAAGCCAGGUACAGAGCAUGGAGGACCCUGUUAUCACACGCUCCCAUUCCCUGCCCAGUAAUCAGACAGAAAGCCAGAAGUUUCUCCCUGUCUCUGCACCUUUGAAUAGCAGCAGAUACAAUGUAAAUCAAACGACCGAGACCACACAAUUCAAAUAUCCCAACAUUUCAGUUUAUUCACAAUCGGCCCCUGGGAACGGUAACACUUUCACCCACUCUCUCCAUAACAACAAAGUACCUGUUACUGUGGUCUCUGGUUCUAACAGACCGAGUUACAAUGCCUCAGCUGGAAAUGCUAUCGCUAACUCCACGUAUAGGCAACAGAACCCUGCAGCAGGAGAAGGGCCAUACAAAAGUACUCGGGUCAAAAGCACUUGUGUAGCUGGGAGCACAGCUAAUCAACAAGGCACUGGGAGUGGAGCGCGGCCGUCGUCAUUCCCGUCACCUGUAAAUGUGACUGAAACCUCCACUCAGUUCACCUUUAAGAGACAGUCUGGCUGCGCGUCCAACCCUGUCAUCACUGUGACCAACAAAGGUAAGAAAUGUGUUAUGCAGCUGUGAAAAAUGAUUGAAUCUCAACUUGAAACGUGUAAACGUAUUGACGUCAAUGCAUAUUUUAUGAGGUCAAUGCGUUAUUUUAUGUGGACGUUCGAUUAAAGCAUCAGGGCCCAGAAUAUUGGACCCUUCUAUUGCUGUGUUAAAAUAGUAAGUCAUAUUCAUUAGACUUGUACUUCACUGAGAGUCAAUGAUGGCGUAACCCUUUUCUGACUCAUCUGCCUAUCCUCAUUUUUUCAGCUUUCGCUUCGACCGCAGCAGCUGGGAAAUGUUCUGUGGUGGAGAUUGAACUGAAGAAACAGCAGGCCAUGGAGAGGAGACGGCAACGGAUGCAGACUGCCCACAAGCUAUGGGCUCCAACCUGAGGCUGGGACAGUGCACAUAUACAAGAAGAUUCCCAAUUAUAGUUGGACAGUGUUGGCCAACUCUAAACGCUGACUUGUGCUAGACUGACCAUACAGAGGUCUUGAAAGUAAACCUACUAGAGUUGUUGUAGCCUUGUACUACCAUCCUGAUC